CCUCACCCUCACUCUGUCUCCCCUACAGCCAGCGCCAUUGUGGAGAUGUCCAAGGAGAAAGGCACAGAGCGAGUGUUGGAUCGUCACGUCACCCAGUUCACCUCAUCUGUGCAGCGCAUCGAGCUGGAGCUGUCGGGACAGAUCCGUUACCUGACCCAGGUGGCCACAGGUCAACCCCACGAGGGAUCCAGUUACGCGGCGAGGAAAGACGCCCAGAUGGCGGUGAACCGUGUAGAUUACACGCGUGUGAUGAUCCGUGACCUGGCUCGCUCAUGCGACCGGACCCUGGAGCAGCCGUGACUCGGUGGGUGGGUGAGAGAGUGGGGGGGAGGGGGUGGUGUGGAAGAGAUGGGGAGGGGGUUUGUGUCUUGACUCCCCCUCCCCCUCCCCCUCUGGAGAUGUCUCUGCAUGCAGGUGAUCGCGGGGAAACGCUCCCCCAAAUAAAUGCAAAACAACCGCUCUCCCC